UUGCUAACUGAAUAGUAAUUUUGCUCUGUGCUUGUGCAAAAAGGAAGAAAAGAGGGUCGACUAUAGUGGAGUGCUGCUGGGCUGGAAGAAGGGUACGAGGUACUUUUCUAUUAUUAUUGUUCGUACACUCUGCCUGUUUCCACCUCCUUAUCCUGGCGAAAGGUUGAACGGUUAAAAUGGAGGCGGAUAGAUCCGGCGGAGGACCAAACCCGAACUCCGGAGGUAGCAGCGGAGCGGGGCGCAACCCAAACGGGCCCAAAGCAGCACCGGGCCCGGCGACAUCAGCUGCGGCGGCAGGGGUGAUGGCAGCAGCGGCGGCGGCGGCAGCAGCCGGGGCCAUGCCCGGAUCGUCCCAGGCUAGGGAGCUACAGGACGGGGACUCGGGCAUGUCGCUUCCUGGGAUCCUACACUUCAUCCAGUACGAGUGGGGACGCUUCCAGGCCGAGAAAUACCGCUGGGAGGCAGAGAGAGACGAACUCAGGGCUCAGGUGGCGUUCCUUCAGGGUGAGAGGAAGGGGCAGGAGAACAUGAAACAGGACCUGGUGAGGCGGAUCAAAAUGCUGGAGUACGCCCUGAAACAAGAGAGGGCUAAACACCAGAAGCUUAAGACGGGAAACGACCAGAGUCCCGGAGACAAGAAACCAGAGACAGAGGCAGACCAACUUCCCAAUGGGCCGGCUGAGUCAGACUCUGAGCCAGCCAAUCAGAUGUCCUGGAAGGAGGGACGUCAGCUACUACGCAAAUAUCUUGAGGAGGUGGGUUAUUCAGACACCAUUCUGGACAUGCGGUCUAAGCGUGUGCGCUCGCUGCUCGGGCGGAGCAGCCCCGAGGCUAACGGGCCUGCCCCCAUUGAAAGCUCACCUGAGCCCGAGCCCCGGGCGGGGGGGGAGUCGCUGUUGGUCAGACAGAUAGAGGAACAAAUCAAGAGCCAACAGAACAAGACGCAGAAAGGAUGUCUAAAACGGAGGGCAUCCUCCACCAUGACAACAUGGAACGCGGGCAAGGAAAACUCUAAGGAACAUCUGGGCAGCUCGGUGCUCGAUAAAAUCCCCUUCCUGCAUGGCUGCGAGGACGACGAUGAAGACGACAGUGACGAGGAAGAUGACUUUCAAGGCAUGGCCACUGACUGCAUUGAUGGACCGCGCAAGAACAAAAAGUCCCGUGUAAAGUCGGAGCCCAUGACCACGGACCUGGACCCGGAGGAUGAGGAGGACGAAGACGACUCGGAAGACGCCCUCAGUGAAUUUGACUUCCUGGGCUCGGGGGAGGAUGGGGAGGGGGCGGGAGAGGCCCGGAUCUCGGGGGACGGACGGGAGCUAGAGAACCGCAGGAACAAGUUACAAGGCAUGAUGUCGGACUUCCCCCCUAAACCCACCCCGCCCCCCUCCGUUUCGGGACAAGCUCGCUCCGGGGAAGGUGGAGCCCUGGGUUUUUCCUCUGACGUCUUCAUUAUGGAUGCCGUCGGGGGAGGGGACAUGAACCUGGGUGAACUGGCUGAUCUCACCGUUGCCAAUGACAACGAUCUCUCCAUGGAUAUGCAGGAUAACAGAGACGAGUUUAAGAAGACAUGGAACCCUCGUUUCACACUACGCAGCCACUUCGAUGCCAUCCGAGCUUUGACCUUUCACCCCAGCCAAGCAGUGCUGCUCACAGCCUCCGAGGAUGGAACACUAAAACUGUGGAACCUCAACAAGUCCAUGCACUCUAAAAAGAACGCAGCAUUGGAUGUUGAGCCCAUCUACACAUUUAGAGCACACAGCGGAGCUGCUCUGUCGCUCUCCAUGGGCGAGGACGGAGAAUCCUGCUACAGCGGGGGUCUAGAUGGAGCUGUCAGAUGUUGGAAGAUGCCCGACCUCAAUGUGGAUCCUUAUGAUAACUACGAUCCGGGCAUCGAGAGCAGUGUACUAGCCGGUCACGAGGACAGCGUGUGGGGUCUAACAUUCUCAGCAGUUCACCAUCGUCUUGCCUCAUGCUCAGCCGAUGGCACCAUUCGCAUCUGGGACCCUCAGAACUCGGCUCCCUGUCUGUCUGUCUUCAAUAAAGAAAGAGAGCACGGCACACCCACAUCAGUAGCAUUUGUGGCCACUGACCCCAACCAGGUGGUGGUGUCAUUCGACGCUGGAGAGACACUGCUCUAUGACCUCAACGCGGAGCAAAGCAUCAUUGCGCUAGAGACACAGACCAAGGAUGGCAGUGAGCUGAUCAACCGUGUUGUCAGUCACCCAUCUGAGCCCGUCUCCAUCACUGCCCAUGAGAACCGCACCAUCCGUUUCAUGGACAACAAGACAGGUAAAGUUGUCCACUCAAUGGUGGCUCACCUGGAUGCCGUCACCUGUCUCACUACAGACCCUAACGGCACUUACCUCAUCUCCGGCAGCCACGACUGCUCGGUGCGCCUGUGGAUGCUGGACAACAGGACGUGCGUGCAGGAGAUCACGGCUCACAGGAAGAAGCACGACGAGGCCAUCCAUGACGUAGCCUUCCACUCUUCACAGCCCUUUAUCGCCAGCGCCGGCGCAGAUGCACUUGCCAAGAUCUUUGUCUGAAAGCAUUCUGCUGUCAUUCUGAGUCCUACAUAGACAACUGGGCGAAAAGAGACUGAAGACGACAGAACACAUUUCAACUGCUUACACAGACACACACACACAUAACACCCAACACACACUUUUCCUGCACCCCACUGGUUGGGUCAUCGCCACAGGACGUCACCUCCCUUCAAUUCCUCACUAUUCUCUGAUGCCUCAGUGACUUCUUGUUAUACCAAUCACACUGCUUUUUUUAUAAAAUCCCAAUCGCUCUGUUUUCAAAUAAUAAUCUUUGGAGAAACACUUUUUCUACACUACAAUAUUCUGUUCUUUUGAUUUUAUUUCAUUCAACCUGCCGACACACUACUCACAUUUCACAGAGAAACCACAGCUUGCACUGCACAUCGCACACGAUGCACAAAUGCACCUCAACAUUUCAUUUGAGAUCUUUUUUUAACAAAUUGCUUGUGGCUAGCAUACAUAUGUAGGCAUGACUAAUAACAGUUAAGUUUCCCAGUGUGGGCGGAAAACACUUGCCCAACAUCUACAUUGGGAUUCAAUGUAUUACAUUCCAAAGACUCCAGGUAGAGCGUGUGUGGUGGCAAUUUUCGGGGUUGGAGAAUGUUAAAGUUGUCUAUGAUGUGACACAAACAUUAGACAGUUGCUAACCAGUGUUGAACAAAUAGCUUUAAUUUCAGCUUUAUGGCCAAGUCUCAUUGUAUGUCCGAGUAUUAUAGCAUCCCCAUGAUUCAGCCUCUAAUUAUGUGUGUGUGUGUGUGUGUUUUUGUGUGUGUGUGUGUGUGUGAUAAAAUGACACUCUGCUGUACAAGAUUAAUGAACGUAACUCCACAAUCAUGGUACAUUUCUACAGAUGGUCAGUGUGAACUCUGCAGACCGAUGCUCUCACACCACAUUUACUAGCUACAGAUGGAUAUCAUACAAGUACAGUUCGUGUCCGCAGAGAUACAGGGGUAGUGAGGCCAGUCUGUCUCAACAAAUGACGCCGUUUGUGUCAUUUGGUGCUUUCCACUGAACACUGUAAGAGUGUGCGUGUUUGAAUAUGCACUAGUUAAAUCACGGUGCUAUGAAAGACCUUGUCAGUCUUGAGUCAGAAUCAGGGACCUACUUUGUGUGUACAUGUGAGAAAGAGAGACUGUGUUUCUCACUCAACGGGCUAAAGAGUGAAUAUGCUUUUUAAAUGACAUUUCAUUGUUAAAUCAUUUCAAUACUUGUGGUCUGAUUUCAGAAUUGAAGUUCAGUGUUAAUUUCUCUCAUUGAAGGUUUGCGAGUAAGGUUGGCAGUGAUCGUUUCAGGUUUGAGGAGAGCUGAUGAUAGUUGCAUUAAGGAAAAUGAUUCCUCAGAUGAGAGCUCUUCAGAUCGUCUUUUUCAUUUCAUCCUGAAGUGGGUGCCAGUAUGUAGGCAGUGCUUGUUUCUGGCGUGCUGUAAUUUAAUCAGGCUUUUAAAAAAAGAAAGUUUGACAUUACCUUCACUUGUGUGUUGAGGUGAGGAUCCCUCGUGUUGAUUUGACGUGCAUCAGUUGCACAGUAGCACAUUUCCCAUGAGAGCUAAUGAUGUGAAGCUGGUCUCUUUCAGAAGAGGCAUGCUGGGAGAAAUAGCCUCAGGAGGAGAAAGAAAAGGUCCCUUUUUUUUUAAAAGAGAAAAAAGAUGAGAGAAUUGAUUUUUACGAUGUGUGGGUGUCAGUUUAUAUAAGUAACAUGACUAGGUUCAAAAUCAGUCUCGCCGAUGUGUUACUGUUGCUGCUGAUGUUGAACAAAACUCAGAGAACAUUUGAUUUAGGUGGAAAAAAAGUUCCUUUGAGACACCCCUCGUCUAUCUCUGUCUGUGUCCUGUAGUUAUUUCUGAUAACUGCAGGAAACUUGGUUUGCUUUAGGUAAGAGUUGCCCUUUAUGAGCUGACCUGACUUCAAAUUACUUGAGUCAUUUUAUCUUAUUGUCUUUAGAGGAAAAAUACAAUUAGAUGUUCAAUCAGUUGGUUAAGGGGCAUCCUCCACAUUUUUAAGACUACAGGGUCACACUACGGGUCAGAGUUCAGACCCAAGGGUUCAAUGUUGCCUAGAGGUAAACACUCUGUUCCUAAUCACUUUGGACAAGAGCAUUCAUAGUUCUGAUUUGUUUUCCUAAAACAGCGUGGUAGAGUGUGCUGUUCAAGAUCUUGGUUCGACUAUAUUAUAGUACUGCUGCUGGAAAUAACGUCCUAUUAUCACAUUAAACUACUUUUUGGCUCCACUUUGCACUACAUCUAAGUAUGGAUGCUUCUGUUGAAGAGUGGUAACAGACAGGGUGCAUAAAAUAAUGUUUUACAGGCAAUUACUUUACAUUAAGGAGUAAAUACUACAAUGGUUGAACCCGCUGUGGCUCACAGUUAUUGGAUAGUGAGAGUAACUGAUGGCCCCUUUCUCAGAAUAAAGACAAAUCAGUAUGACACAUCAAAAAAGAAAUUGAAACAGAAGUUGUAAAUGAUGACUAGAGAUGCCAUUAUGUGCUGUAAAUGUCCAUCAUUUCCUUGUUUUUUUUCUUGCAUUUCUUUUCCUUGAUUAUGAAUAUGAUUAUUAAGAUGUAAGAAUACUGUAGUAUCAUAAGUUAAUCAUUCUUCCUGGCUAGGCAUAGAACUUGCUUGUGAUUGAUAAUAACAAUGUAUAACUUGUAAAAAAGCAAAAUGAUUAAAAAAACAUGAAAAAUUCAGAAAAUAAGUUUAAAAAAAAAAUCUGUUACCAGUCAGAGGCCAAGGUAAAGGACUCUCUUUUCUUUGUGUUUUUAUUUUUUUAUUAGCAAUUUAUCACUGUGUGAUAUUUUGUACAUCAUAUUAAGCUGUAUUCAAACUAUUUCCUCUAACUACAAGGGAUAAGAGACCUGCUUUUUAUUAAUUUUGUUUUAUUAUAUAUUUUUGAACUGCAUUCUAGCUUGUAUCAAAUGACUUUCUCUUUUUGUUUACGGGUCCCCUGUUGUAUGUCAUUAAGGAAGAAAAAAGCAAAAAAUGAAGUUUUUGUACAGUGAACUGAGA